AUGCCUGAAGCGGUUCGAGGCUGGAGGUUAGAUCUGGUACUGCAGGGAUGCGACAAUGACGGCGACGCUGGCGACGGUGACUCGCUGACGACAGUGACGCCGUUGCGCGGUGCUGGAAACGACAGUGACGGCAGCGCAGGCGACGGGUCGUCAUUGUCGCCGCACAGCAACGACGCCGGCGCCGACGGUGCGCACGGUGCGGACGGCGCAGUCGGUGCGCAUAACGCGGACGGCACGGCCGACGACAGUGAUGCCGGCGAGGACGCGCUUCGUAGCGAGGUGUCGAAACUCCUCCUCGCGUCGCCGCGUCCCUCGAACGACCCGGAAACCCCAGAGAUGAUCGGCGGCAAGAGCAAGUCGCGGCUGCCCGGGCGGCACAGUCCGACUCGGACUGCUACCCCUGGAGGGCCCCCGGAAGCUGAGACUCCCCACAGUCCGGCGACGACUGCGACUGCGACUGCGACUGCAUCUGCGGCUGCGUCUGCGACUGCGACUGGGACUGACGCGACUGUGACCCCUCUCGCCGGCGCGGAGGGCGGAAGUGCGUCGCGCCCGAUCGCGCGCGCCGCGUCAAUAAAGCGGGAAGUACGGAAGGCGCCACUGUUACCGCUGCCAGUGCCAGUGCCCUCCGCGUUGACCACAGACGUUGCCGGUGCAGCGACAGUGAAUGCAGCAGCGGCAGAGGGAAGAGGAGGAGGGAGCGCGGGGAAGCGGUCUCGUGCCACGUGGCAGGUGAAUAGAGAGGUUUUGGAGCGUGAGAAGUCACUGGGGCGUCAACAUUCACUGCCAGCACCCAACUACUGGCGCUACCAUGCCCGUGCUCUAUCGCCAGGGCAGACAGAGCGGGCAGUGCGGGCAGUGCGAGCAGGCCAGGAGAAACCAACUGCCCCCGCCACCGCCCCCUCCACCGCACCCCGCGCCAAGAAGCCAUGCCUCCUGGUCAACGCUACCUGCAACCGCCGCCCUCCACGGCCCCUUUCUCCCGUGACGCGAGGGACACGCUGCUCAGAUGGUACUGCCGAUUCUCUCCCUCAUGGUGGUGAUGGGACGUGCACAGAUAGCACCUCCCCCGAGUCUCCUGUUGGCGGGCGUGCGAGUCAACAGGGGUCAACGGACCCUGCUGCUGACGUGGUUGCUGACUUGGGUGCUGCUGUCUUGGCUGCUGACUGCGCUGGUGCUGGUGCCUGGUCAGUGCAAGUCAAUGCUGGCACUGCUGGGAGCAGGGGGGAGGACGGAUGGGGGAAGUGGGGGUUGAAGGUGGACGAACGGGAGGAGGGGGAGGUUGGGGAGAAAGGGGAAGAGGGGGUGGGGGAGGAGGGAGAGGUGGAGGAAGGAGAAGUGACGGAAGAGGGAGAUGAUUCCAAGACAGCGGAGGGGCACAUGGGCGGAGAGAAUGGCGAGCAGGCGUGUGCAGCAGGAGGGAGCGCUGAGUGGGGGAAUGCAGGCUGGACAGGCAAUGGGGGACAAGGUGGCGAGCAGGCAUCAGCGGCAGGAGGGCAUGCUAAAGAGGGUAGGGCAGGCUGGAGUGGCUACAGGCAAGAGGCGUUUGAUCCAGCAUAG